GAUAGGCCAGGCCAGAGGCAUGCACUGCUCACCUCCUCUACACUGGAACAGUCCCUCUAAAGAGCUUGCACCUAUACAUCCAGAAGUAGUGGGAGGCAGAGAGAAGACUUUGGGGAAGAUGACAGGGGAAAGACCAGGCUAGUUGGUAGAAGUUGCUUCAGAUGUGCUCUGCUGGUGAAUGAGGGGCUCAAAAGCAUCACCAUGAGCUCCCAUUUGGAACCCUCUGGUGUUAAUGGAUCAAGCAGAGUUGGAGGUCGUGGAAAUGAAGAUGAUGGUGAAGAAAACAGCAACAAUGAGACUUACACCCCAUGCUUAAAGACAGUGAGACCUAGGCUGAGGAGUGCAGAUCCAGCCGGAGAGGGAAGGUCGAGCAGUGUGGAGCAGCUGGUGAGACCUGCCCUGCCAGGGAGGAAAGCACACAGAAAGACCUGCAUCAAGGACAACAGAGGAAGAUGGAGAGAGGGAAAUCAAGACAGGGAUGAGGAGAGACAAAAUGUUGAACACACAGGAGGCAGGGAAAGAGGAAAACAAAGGCAGAGAAAGACUGAAAGAACUGGUACACAUGGAGCUGGAGCGCAGGACAGACAGGGAACAGGAAGCGCUGAAAGUUUGUCUAGCAGUAAUUCUGAAAUCCAAUUAAACAGCCCUUUGGAAGGAUCGAACAACUUGCAGAGAGGAUCCACGUGCCCUAGACCUCUCAGUAUUGGCUGCACCCGGAACAUCGCUGCCAAUUUAAACCCCCAAUCCCCUCGGCCAGCAAUGAGGUCCAUGUCUUCUGCUCUCCCUCAGCCUCCCAUCCAAACCAGAUCCACACCUCUGUCCCCUCAGAGACUUUCAUCCAGAACAGCAGCAGGAGACCUGCACUGCAACCCAUUUAGUUCACCCAGAGAGACAGAUCCAUUCUGGGUGGAGGUGAGAACAGGGACAGCAACUGGACGAUUGUCACAAAGCCAUCUGACACACAUCCCAUCUCUCACCAACUCAGAGCUAGGAGAAGAAGAAGAAGAGGAGGAGGAGGAGGACGAGGAAGAGGACGUGGAAGAUGGCGAGGAAGGAGGCAGUGGUGUGACGGAGGUGAUAGGUCAAACCAUGACAUCAGCAGUGGUGCCGCCUUGUGUUCCUUUUCUCCCUGAGAGGAGGAUGAAUAAAAGAGAGAAGAACAGGAUUAAGUGUCUGAGGAGGAGGCAGAGGAGAAGGGAGAGGUGGAGACAAAGUCAACUGCAGGAGAGCAGACAGAGUUCAACAGGGAACCCAUCCAGCAGCAGUAGUGAGGAUGAUGAGGACAUGAGCGCUGGUGACAGAGAAGGUUACAUAUGCGCUGUGUGUUUGGAUGUAUACUUCAGUCCUUACAUGUGUCACCCCUGCAACCACAUCUUCUGUGAACCCUGUCUGAGGACGCUGGCUAAGAACAGCCCCACCAAUACCCCCUGCCCCCUCUGCAGAACAAUCAUCACACAUGUCUUCUUCCAGAAGGAGCUAAACCAAACAGCAAGAACAUUCUUCCCAAAGGAAUACCUUUCCCGGAAACAAAACUUCCAGAAAGCAAGUUGUGCAAAGUGGCCGCUCCCAAGCUGCCGGAAACUCUUCCGUAUCUUUGGAGGCUUCCAGAGGCAGUCCAGUCCCAUUGCUAGACGCCAGUUCCCCCAUGGAGGAGGCUACCGUCUGGAUGCUCUGGACUUUGAGGAUGACUCUCGAGGCUGGCGUUUUGACAUGGACAUGGUCAUCAUCUAUAUCUACUCAGUCAACUGGGUUAUUGGCUUCUUCAUAUUCUGCUUCCUUUGCUACCUCUUCUUCCCUUCUUUUUGACAGUCAUAACUUAAAUGAUGGAGCAACAUGGAAAGAGGAAAGGUUGAGGAUACUGAAAGAUGAGGGUAAAGUAAGGAACUAAGAUGAAGCAGAGGCACACAAGCAUAUAUAUAUAUAUAUAUAUA